CGUUCCUCCCUGCGACUUUGGCGGACUUGCUUUCUUUGUCUCCUCUACUCUUUUCCUCUCUCACGUAAGAUACUCCUUCUCUCCCGUUCCUCCCUGAAACCCAUGGAGGCCUUCCUGAGAUCUAAGGAGUCUCCCUGCAAGAAGAGUGAAGAAGAUGGAAGUCAGGCUCUGAAACGCUUCCAAUCUCUCAUCGGCAAAUGCGAACUUCGCCAUUGCACGGACAGUUUCCUCAUCGUAAGGAUUGCUAAACCACAAUCUGAUAUCGCCACAGAAGAUCUUCCGAAGCACGCAGCAGAAGAAUCGAUCAGCGUCAAGGAAGGGAAUGAAGCUUCUUUUAGUACUUACAUCCCUAUGAUUUUGAGGGUUGUGGCCAUCAAUGUCAAUUCUGAUCUCUUAUCCCAGAAUAGCAUUCAGUUCCUCAAGCUUUUCAAUGAAAUGAAGAAAGAAUCAAAAGUGGGACAUCUAAUUAUUCAGAUUGAAGCAUCUGAGGAAGAUGCCUUUGCUGGUCUUCUAGAGUGCAUAUACUUCCCCACCCAGUUUGAAUCCCCAUCUUCUUAUGCAGAGAUUGUGGAUCUGCUAUCGAUGUCAGAAAAGUACCAGGCUCUCUCAUGUGCUAAGAAAUGCAUCAGCCUGCUGACUGAGAGACCAGAAUGGGCACUUUCCUGCUUUGAGCUUGCUGCAAAAGUGCACUGGGUUGAUCUAAGUCACUUGCUGACCAAGUCAGUGAAGCAGUACUUUAAUUACAACCCUUGUCACUUAAUCAGCCACAAGAAUGAACUCCUGAAGCUACACUUUGUUGGAAUUGAGGCACCUCUUCAGCGGCGUUUGCUCUUGAUGUGGAAACUGAGGAUGUUAUCUAUCAAUUCAUACUGGACUGGGCUAAGACCCAUUGCCAGAAUCCCAGAGGACUGCUGCUCUGCCAAGGAAUUGCACCUUGAAAGCUUUAUCCACUUCCCUUAUCUGGCAUGCCAUAAGCUGGAAGAGGCGCUGCAAUAUGAAUACUUCGACCGAGAAUCCAUAAAACAAGGCUGUCAUUGA